GUAAGGUGCGUUUUCUGUGCUUAAGUAUAUUUUCUUAAUCGUAGAUCAAUAACGCAAGAAAUCAAAUAAAGAUAAGAUACAAUAUUUACGUCAUUCGAAAAGUGGAUUUUCUAUAUUUUUGUUUACAAACUUUAAGUUAAAGAAAAAUAAAAACGAACUAAUUGAGUGUUUUGGUAUAAGAGAAAAGUGAUUUUCAAAUAAGAAAAAUAUAAACGAAAAAUUAAAAAACAGUGUUUUGUGAAAUUUUAUGGCAGUAUCUGCAUUAAACAUGAGUCCCUACUUUGCUGGAUACCCUUUUCAAGGACAAGGACGAGUUAAUCAACUUGGUGGUGUUUUUAUCAAUGGCCGUCCAUUACCAAAUCAUAUUCGUUUGAAGAUCGUGGAGAUGGCUGCCGCUGGAGUACGACCAUGUGUCAUAAGUCGGCAGUUGCGCGUUUCCCAUGGAUGUGUGUCGAAGAUUCUCAAUCGUUACCAAGAAACCGGAUCAAUUCGUCCCGGUGUGAUCGGGGGAUCAAAGCCACGUGUGGCAACUCCAGAUAUUGAAGCCAAAAUCGAGGAAAUGAGGCAGGAGAAUCCUGGUAUCUUCAGCUGGGAGAUUCGUGGCAAAUUGAUCGAACUAGGCAUUUGUGACAAAAAUUCAGCUCCUUCAAUUAGCUCCAUCAGUCGUUUGUUGCGUGGAGGAGCAAGCAGCAAGGAUGGCAGUGGAUCACACUCAAUCGAUGGAAUUCUUGGACCAACUUCAUCAGGAGAAGAUAGUGAGAUUGAGUCGGAGCCUGGUAUUCAGCUGAAGCGCAAACAACGCCGAUCCCGUACAACUUUCUCCAAUGAUCAAAUCGAGGCCUUGGAGCGUGUAUUCUCUAGAACUCAAUACCCAGAUGUCUACACUCGGGAGGAACUCGCCCAAUCAACUGGCCUCACCGAAGCUCGUGUUCAAGUUUGGUUCUCCAACAGGCGUGCACGUCUUCGCAAGCAACUCAACACCCAACAGAUUACUGCAUUCAACUCUAGCCUUUCUGGAUUGGCUUCAUCUGGAUUUGCCCCAUCUCAAUAUCCACCACAGUCCGCAGCAGCAGCAGUAGCAGCUCACACCAUGUCAAGCAUGAUGCCCACUCCCAUUUACCCUUCAUCCGCUCCAGUGAGUCAAAGUUGGCCUACACAACAAGCCUUCGCUCAAAAUACAACCUACGCACAUUCAACUGGUUCGGCAUCAGUCUCACCAUCAGGAAGCAGCACAGCUUCACUAAGUCCCAACCACAAUGUCCAUCAUCAGCAAUCUUCCACAACUUCUUCGACAAUUCCAAACACCUUCAAUUCUUAUGGCAUGGGCCUCGAAGCAGCUACAAAUGCAGCGUCAAGUGGUUACAAUGCAACUUCAGCUUAUGGCCUGCAUUCAUCAUCGACCGAACAAUGGCGUUCGCAUCAGAGCAAAUUGCCCACAUCAGAUUGGGAUAACUACAACUUCUCGCCAUCUUUCUUCCCUGGCAACCCACAUAUGGCCCCUAGCUAUGGAAGUGGCAUGGCCAGCGAAGCCAAAUCUGGCUAUCCAUAUAUGGGAGGAUUUGAAAUUGGACGCGUUCAUUAAUGACAUCAAAAAAGGAAGUAAAUUAAAAAUGUAAAUUUUAUUAAAAAAAAAAGUACAAAUUAGUUUUAAUUAGUUCUAAGAAGUUAAAUUAUAAAAAUAAUUAUUUUUUGAAAUGUUAUUGAAGUUAAAAUUUAUUUUUGUAUUAUUAUAGUUUUGUACAUAAUGUUUUAAAAUUCAAUUUCCAUUCGAGGCAAAAUAAUAUUACGAUUGAGACUGUUUUGUAAA